AUGCAGGGCUUGGAGCUCCCACACUCCAACAUUGACCCCAUCUAUGACCUGCUGGAGUGUGAGAAUGGACUGGGGCUGCAGAGCCAUGGCCACAUGGUCUACAUGACCAGGGGCAACAGUGUGACAGGCCUGACUGAACCUUCCGACCUGGACAUGGCUCCCAAUGCAUUUGAUGAUCAGUAUGAGGGCUGUGUCGAAGUCAUGGACAGAAAAGCACCCCAGCUGUUACAAGAAGACUUAAACAAGGAUAGGGAUUUAAAACGUGAAUGGGAAAAGGCAGAGAAACUAUGGAAGGAGAAAAAAAAGACAAUGAAGUAUCCCAAAGGUUUCCAAGACUUCCACGGAACAGCUGUAGUGGCUUACACUGGGCACAUCCUCAAAAAUUUUAACACAGCUGUUAGAGAAUUCAAGAAAAAUACCGGUAACUUCCAUUACAAGGCCUUCCAUUACUACUUAACAAGAGCUCUUCAGCUUCUGAGUAACCAGAGUUGUUACUCAGUUUACAGAGGCAGCGAGGACAAGUUUCAUUACAGUGGGAAGGGCUCUGUGCGGUUUGGGCAUUUUGCUUCCUCAUCUUUCAACAAAACAGUAGCUCUUCAUGACUUUGGUGGUGCUAGUGGAACACUGUUUACCAUCAAAACCUGCUUGGGGGUUAACAUAAGUGAAUUUUCCUACAGACCUGAACAAAAAGAGGUGUUAAUUCCAAGCUAUGAAGUAUAUCACCAAGUCACCAAAACAGCAAGUGGAAAAGGGAAUGACGAAAUUUUUCUGAACUCCCCACAAAAAAAGAAGAGCAACUUCAAUUGCUACUAUAGCGGUUCUACCAACAAGAGUCAUUUCAGCAGCUCAGCAACCCUGCUGCUUGUGGUGCUACCUGGUCUCCUGGUCCAGCUGCUGCUUCCUCUUGCUGAGCUGUAG